GCGAAAGACUUGCAGCCUUUCGUACUCAGACACAUAGCUCAACCUGCAUAUUACUAGACGCGACAGAACUGCAGACCCAGGCGGGACCACUGGUUGCGGGCACCACUCGCUCUCGCGUCGCUUUUUCCUUCACGUUUCAGUGCUCCUAGAAGGUGCCCAGCCUUCUUUACAAGGGCAGAUUACUUGCCGUAAGCAACGCAGCGGCUGCGUGGCGUUGUAGCGCGGAAGUGAAGGGAAGAAGAUGGCCAUGGCCUCGCUCAGCACCGCCGCAAGUCCAGCGCGGAGGGCCAGUAUGGACUGCCGGCGCUCCAUGGACCUCACAGCACCCGUUUUGGCGCGGCGCUGCGCUGCCCAGCGGACUUCACGGCUUGUACCUCUGAACGCCGCGGCCGAGGGCACAACGUCGUCCAGCCAGCAAGCGUUUGAGAGCGUGGACCAAGUGGCUACCCAGCAGCCGUCUAAAGCGCAGGGUGGAGCCUGCCCCUUCGACACGAACUACUGGCACUACUCGCGGUCUUGGCCCUGGUGGCAGCAGCGCGCGUUCCUGGUGCCCGCCGGCAUUGCCUUUAUCGUGGCCGCUAACAUGAUGGAGGAGCCCGGCAUCAAGACCACGUUGAUGGCAAGUAUCCCAGUGGCGCUGCUGUGGUACCUGGGCCUGGUGCUGGUGCCCCGGCAGUUCAGCACCUACUGCAGCACCUGGGCCAAGGAGCACCCGGAGCAGGCACCGGAGAGCCGGAAGUAGUGAUAGCGGCGGUGCAGCAACAGGAACAACUUGUUGGUCAGUGAGUGGGCGUCGCAGCAACUGGCGCACUUGUAUCUUAAGGCCCUGUGAGCGGCUUUCAUGAGAGGCAAGGGUGCACGAGUGAAUUUGUUUUGAAUGUGUGGUUGUUUAUUCUUCGUCGAUCAGUGGUUCAACAUCACAGGCAAUGGCCGCCGCUGGAAACGUUUUGGAGAGAAAUGCGGCAGAUGUGUGGCCGCGUGUGGUAGUUGUGGAGGAGCGUGUGAGAGUUUCGAGAAUUUGAUUGGCUUCUGAGCAUACACUGAACUAAGCCCAACAGCGGCGUUGUAGGCGCACUGGUCCCUUUAGAUGGCACUGUGGCGGGAAGUGGCGUUGUGGAUUGCGGAGUGCUAGAGUGCCGCACGAGUGGCACAAUCGACCCGGUCCAGGGGGAGUCCGACUGCAUCCGAAGACUCUGACUUGUAAACUGGUGAACGUUGCACAUAACAUACAAUACCCCGCAUCUGGAUUCACUCUGAAGCUUAGCUGCUGAAACGAAUUAUGAGAAA